AUGUACAUUCUGGACGGAUUCAACCAUCGUCCUCCACUGGAUAAUUUCACCACCUGCUACAUGGAAGACAAUCCCGCUGAUCGUAUAUCAAGAGGAGCAGACCCCCAACAAUUGUUAGAAGAUACUGCUUGGUGGCAUGGACCGCCGUGUUUGUUUCUUCCACCGGAGGAUUGGCCAGAUUCAAUCGUUCCGUUAUCAUCGUCAAUGGUCGAGCAGCAAAAUAAAGAACGCAAGUUAACCAUCGUAGCCUUUCACGCACACGCUGCGGAUAAUUCUUUAAUUGUUGCAUACUCAGAGCUCGCUCCCUUGCUCAAGGUCACUGCAUACUGCAAACGAUUCGCCGACAACUGUAGAGUACCAAAAGUAAAUAGUGUAACAGGAGGAUUAACGGUAGAGGAAUACGACAACGCUUUGAAAUCGUUAAUUCACGUAGCACAACAGGCAUCUUUUAGUGCUGAGCGACAAUACCUACACGCUCAGGAGAAGGGCAUCGUUUCUCUGAAGAAUGCUCCGUUCAAAUCAUCAAUCAAAAACCUCGAUUUGUUUUUCGAUUCACGGGAUCUACUCCGCAUCAAUGGACGUCUUUCUAUGUCACCAGGAUCGUACGACUGCCGAUAUCCAAUAAUAUUGCCAGCUAAUCAUCAUCUUACUAAGUUGAUAGCUAGAUCAAUUCAUCAUCAAGCGCUGCAUGUUGGACACACGCAACUUCUUUCGACGAUGAAGCAGCGAUUUUGGCCUGUUCGAGGCAGAGACCUUGCUCGAAGCAUAGUUCACCACUGCGUGACGUGGUUCCGUUGUCGUCCAAAACCAAGCGAUCAAUAUAUGGCGCCAUUGCCUGUUGAUCGAAUAACGCCGUCAAAGGUCUUCGAAAAUACGGGGCUGGAUUACUGUGGGCCAUUUUUCGUUCGACGAUUCGCGGGAAGGGGCGCAUCGGUGAAAGUCUGGGUCGCAGUGUAUGUCUGCUUCGCCGUGAAAGCCGUGAUGCUAGAUAUCGUCGCCGGGAUGUCAGCAGAUGCGUGCGUCAAUUCGCUUAGACGCUUCGUCAGUCGAGUCGGCCGCGUUCGCGUAAUACACUGCGAUAACAGCACCUCGCUCGUUAGCGCUAGUCGCGAGAUGAAGGAGAUGCGAAAGCAGUUUAUCGAACAACUGGAAUCUACUCAUUGGGCAAAUGAGUGUCUAAAUCUGUGGAAACGCUGGUCGAAGGAAUACAUCAGUUUGUUGCAUCAACGUCCUUCUAAGUGGAGAAAAAUUCCAACAGAUUUCAUGAUUGGUUCAAUGAUUCUUUUGAAACAGGAUAACACUCCUCCCAAACAAUGGCCUCUUGGACGCGUUAUUGCUAUCUAUCCCAGCGAAGAUGGAAUCGUACGAGUUGUGGAUGUACGUACUCAAGCUGGCAUUCGUCGCAGAGCUACUACAGAGUUAUGUUUACUUCCUCUUGAUGACUCCCUGAACGAAGACUGCAAGAAUCAUUUAUAA